ACCGGAUAUAGAUCCGGCUGAAUGUUGUCCGUAGAAAACAAGUAUCUAUGACAAUGUUCCUACAUCUUGUUGCCAUGGUAACCAUGAAUGCUACACUGUAUCGGUAUGUGGUUAGCUUUAUACAUUGAAACAUUACUAGUGCAGAAAAGGAAGCCUAUUUCAUUGAUAACUUAGGACCAAAACCUGAACUGGGAUAAACCGUCGAAUUUUGCUAUUAGUCUCUCAACUUUUAGCUAUAACAAUAUGACAACGAAUUAUGUUAGAAUUAAUCCCCCGGUUGUUGAGUUUACCGACGUAAAAGCAGGGAAGGUUUACAAGACCACUGUCACGGUGACCAACACUGGAAUUACCUCGAAAAGAAUGAGACUGCUUGAACCCACAUCAAAGCUGUUCAAAUUCAGGGUGACAAACACAGAAGCCCCCAUUGCUGCUGGAUUGUCCCUGAGUGGCACUCUAGAGUUCAGGCCUGAGAAAGAUGAGGAUGUCUGUGACCGUCUGCUCCUUGUCCUGGAAGACAAAGCCAUAGAGAUCCCCCUCUUAGCGUUCUCCCCGGCGUGUUCUCUCACCAUGGAAUCUCUCGCUGAUUUCGGCUCUGUGAUGGCAAACAGUCAGGUGAUCAGCAAAGAGGUGGAAUUGACCAAUCAGGGAUCUGCUCCAGGAUCUUUUCAGGUGCUGUAUGAUGGAGACCAGUCCAUCAGGCUCUCUCCCAGCAGUGGCAUCCUGCAGUCUGGCGCAACCCAGUGGCUGAAGGUGGAACUGUGCACUGACAGACCCACGAGGGUCAGAGAGGAGGCCCAGGUGAAGCUGCAGAACAGUAAGGACGUGGUCCUGAAGAUCAGGGCUGAUGUUUUGGAGCAGAGCCUGGAGCUCCAGGACCUAGAGGGGGACAGGUUGUCCUGCCUCCGCUUCGGACCCGUCUUCUUUGGGACGUCCCGGGUGGAAAAGGUGGUUCUGGUGAACAAUGGACCACAGGCCUGCGACUGGAUGGUGGGCUUUGACCUCCAGAGGAGUACAGACGCAGCGCUGCUAGAGAGGAGUGUUCGUAACAGGGCCACCGCUGUGGAUCCCUCCACUGUGAUCUCUUGUGUGCCCAACGAGGGACGACUGAGACCCUACGACAGAACCACUCUGUGGGUCUGCUUCCGUCCUGUCAGCAGAAGAAGGAGCAGGGAGGAGCAGAAGACCAGUGGGGCCUCAGCAGCAGCCAGUAAACAAGACUUCUCCCUCUUCCUCAAGUUCCACACGGUGGGAAGUAAAGAUGGCUUCAACCAGCAGCAGCAGCAGCACUCCACUGUACCUCCACACAAUGGUUACUGUGUGGAGCUGGCGGUGACUGGCUCAGCCCUCCCUGUCUCCCUGGUGCCCAGCCCCGGCCACAGCUUCAGCUUCCAGCAGUGUCUGAUGGGAGAGCGUGUGGACGUCCUGUGUGUGCUCCACAACCUCUCCCCUCAUCUCCCUGUCACCUUCAAGUUCCGAAAGAUGGCCAACUUCAUCACUGACCCUCCUAGUGGAACCAUCUCCCCAGGGCAGAGCCAGGACGUGGUGCUGUCCUUCGCCCCCCACCAGAUGGGGACGUUCAAAGUGAAACAGGUGCUGGAGGUGCUGGGUCAGGUGGUACACCUGGAGCCCUCCUCCAUCAAGCUCCGCCUCCGCAGCUUCCACACCAUCACCCUGCACCUGUCAGCCGUUUGCCGGGCGGAGGCCGCAUACGAGACACCCAAACUCAACCCCGGAAUCACCCCGGCUGUGACCAAUGAGACAGGCCAGUGUGCCCGGGUGCCCUCCAGUGAGCUGGGCAGGUGUGUGGGAUUGGUGCGGGCAGCUGUCCACAGCACGGCCAAGACCCGGCUCCACAGCCACGGUCAGAGCCAGAGCCACCGUAGGAACCAGAGUCUAGACGGUCGCCGGCGAGAGCUACUGGCCUUCCCCAACGACAGGGCCUGCAGCAUCCGCCCUGCCUCUCCAGACACCACCUACAGGACCAUCUUCACGCGGGUGGAGCGUUACCGCUAUGAGGACCCUGACUUUUCCUUCACGGAGGAGGAGGAGCAGCAGAGACAGAGACACAGAGAUCACUACCUAGCCUUCAUCAGGAGCCUGCGAAAGACACGCUUGCAGAAAACCACUGCGAGGCUGCUUGGUGAGGUGGAGGACAACAUAGACAUUGGGCUCCGGCCUGCUGCAGGACUCCUCACCCCCCAGCUCUCUCUGAGGGACCUGGAGUCCAAUCACAGCCAGGAGGGGCAUAGCGUCGACCAGGGACAUAGCCAGCUAUUGACCACCUGUAUGCUGGCUGCCAUGGAGACCAGGUCCAGAUUCAGACAGGUGACAGAGGGCAUCAAUGCACUACCCUCCACCAACCAGGAGGUGGCAGACUGCAGUCGCACCCUGACAGUUCAGCAGCUCCACCAAGUAGUCAUAGGCCCGUCCUUAAUAGAUUUUGGUGAGGUGUGUGUGGCCUCAGUGUGUGUGAGGAACCUGGACCUGGUGAACAACCUGCAGGUGUAUGUGUGGGUGCAGCUGGAGUUAGACUGCUGUCCUGAGCUGCAGCGCUCCAGCCCCCUGUCCCACGUCCUGCCUCCCCUCUCCAGAGCCACCCUGCCCCUCGUCUUAGAGAGCACCAAGCUGGGAAAGUUCCACAAGUCAAUCUCCUACACGGUGAAUAGUCAUCACCGAAGCCAUGUCCUGGUUCAGUCCCAGCUGGUCCCUGUGGUCCUCCAGCUGUCCCAGAGCCAGGUGGUCCUGUCCCCUUCCCCCAGCUACCUGGCCCAGUCGGGCUACAGGGGUACUGUGACCCUGGUCAACCCCAGGAACCACCCGGCUGACUUCACCUGGAGGCCCAUCAUCACAGAGACGGGCCUGGCCUUCUCCAUACGCCCAGCCACAGGUACUGUGGAGGCGUACAGGGAGUUAGACUGUGAGGUGAUGUGGCAUCCCUCUUUCUCCUCUCCUCUGGAGGGACAGUUUGACCUGUGUGUUCACCAGGGAAACACCGCACAGCUACGAUGUCUGGCCAAGCUUGGUUCAUCCAGUGUGCAGCUGUCUGAGAAACAUCUGGUGUUUGGAUCAGUACCUCUCAUCUUCCCCUCCGUCAGGACCGCAACGCUACACAACACAGGACACAACCAUGCCUACUUCCAGGUGUUGGACGUGUACCCCCUGCCUGGCAUGGUGGUGACCCCCACCGAGGGUGUGGUACCUGUGGGGGGGCAGGCAGAGGUCCAGGUGCACCUCAACCCCGGAGCUGUCAUGAAGUUUGACACCAGAGUGGAGAUAGCUCUAAGGAACAUGAAAUCUCUGGAGCUGAGACAUAUUAUCGAGCCCCCCUGGUGGACAUCAAUGUGGUGA